GUUUGUAAUAAAGAGAAUUCCUCACAUCUUGGACUCUGUAGCAGCACCACAGAGCUCACUGGAGCAAUGGAAGGGAGCCUCUGCCAUGAGUUCCCGACUGACCUCCCAGCCAUCGACGUGUGGGAGGUCUACGGAAGUCUCACUCUAGCCCGAUUGGUUCCCCAAUUGCUUCCUCAUGUGCUGUCGAAGGUUGAGCUUGUAGAGGGAGAUGGUGGCGUCGGGACAAUACUGCUCGUCACUUUCCCGCCAUCAGGAAAUUCCGGACUAGCAAGUUACAAGGAGAAGUUCACCAUGGUCGACAAUGAAAAGUACAUCAAGGAGGCAGAAGCGAUUGAAGGAGGCUUUCUAGAUCUUGGCUUUGAGAAAUAUUUAGUGCGAUUAGAGAUUGUAGGACAAGAAGAUGGCCCGACCAUUAUAAGAUCAACCAUCGAGUAUAAAGUGGAUGCCGAGCAUGCAAGCAAUGCCUCACUUGUCAGUACUGGAGCUUUGGCAACCAUUGCUGAUGCCAUCACCAAGUACAUCAAAGAGCAGAAGAAUCCCAAGCAAGCCGGCGAACAAACUUCGGAAGAACAAGCACCCAGACAAAAGGAGAACAAGGCGUCUGAAGUGAUUGGAAGACAAGUUUGAGCAAACUCCCUUAUACUUUAUUUCGUUAUAUAUUCUUCUUAUGUCUCUGGGAUCUCCUACUGCCAUGUACAAAUUUAUAGAAAAUUAUGUAUAUGGAUAUUCUGAAGAAAAAAAGAGAUUGAGACAGAGGGCACCUUCUUGGUUUAUAGUAAUGUACAAAGUCCAAGCAAUGUUAGAACGGUGAAAAACCUAAAAAAUAACUUUACCUGAUAACUUAGUUGCCGUUCUCGUGCUCGAGUAAUUGGUCCUUGUUAUGUAGUGAAGCGUACGAACGGUAACCCUAACACUGAGGUUUGCUUAUGUACACUGGCUGG